GGGUGGGUGUGGCAGGGCCGAGGGAUCGCCCAGGCAGAGUAAGCCGGAGCUGUCUGUCAGGAUGCUGGACUGAGCUUCCAGCGACGGGCAGAGCUGAGAGCUGUGCCACCCCCCAUUCACUCCACGAAAUCAACUACAGCGCAGAAGAACAACUUCCAGAAUGUGUUCAGAGUUGUAAAACUGACAGGACUCCUGUGAUCCUCACUGCUCUGCAUGUGUGAGGGGUACUGGUAUGGAGAAUGUUGCAAAGAAACCUCUUGAAACUGCUUCUAAUCAAUUAAAGGAAGUGAGAGGGAAGCAGCACAUCAUUAAUUCUCUCAUCUCUGGGGCGAUUGCUGGCGCUGUGGCAAAGACAACAGUGGCACCACUGGACAGAACCAAAAUAAUAUUUCAAGUAUCUUCAGACAAGUUCUCGGCUAAGGAGGUUGUGAAGCUAAUUUACCAGACGUACAGGAAAGACGGCUUCUUCAGCCUGUGGCGAGGAAACUCUGCCACCAUGGUCCGCGUCAUCCCUUACGCUGCAAUUCAGUUCUGCUCUCACGAACAAUACAAACACGCUCUGGGAGCCCACUACGGAACCCAUGGAAGGCCACUCCCUCCAUUACCACGGCUGUUGGCGGGUGCGAUGGCAGGUAUUACUGCCACCACACUAACCUACCCACUGGACCUGGUGAGAGCACGAAUGGCUGUCACCCCCAAGGAGAUGUAUAGUAACAUUUUGCAUGUUUUCGUCCGGAUAUCGCGAGAAGAAGGAGUGAAGACCUUGUACAGUGGCUUUACACCAACCAUCCUUGGAGUCAUUCCUUAUUCUGGUCUCAGCUUCUUCACUUAUGAGACAUGCAAGAAAUUACACGCAGAAUACACAGAGAGGCCGCACCCGUACCCCCAUGAGCGGCUGGUGUUUGGAGCCUGUGCCGGCUUGAUCGGUCAGUCUGCCUCCUACCCACUGGACGUAGUGCGGCGGAGGAUGCAGACGGCGGGUGUGAAGAGCCACAUGUAUGGCGGCAUUGUGGAAACCAUGAAGCACAUUGUGAAGGAGGGUGGUCUGAUCGGUGGCCUGUACAAAGGCCUCAGCAUGAACUGGAUCAAGGGCCCCAUUGCUGUGGGCACCAGCUUUACCACCUUCGACCUCAUGCAGAUCCUGCUCCACAAAUAUCAGGAUCAGCACACCUUGCAGAGGUAGUAACGGGAAGUCCAAGGCCUCAGGAACCCGAGAACUGGGUCAACAUCCUCACAUGUACAUUACAGUGUCCAGGGUGGGAAUUGACAAUGACUGGACCGGUAUUUAUCAACUGGAUUUACAGUGUGCUGUGCUACGGAGGUCGAUGGUGCUGAUAGCUCUUGUAGCACGUUCCUCCGAGCACAAUCACAAUAACCUGAUUUAGUAUUGAUCUUUGUUGAGGCUCUCGGUUGCCUGUUUUUCAAUUUAAAGUUGUAAUGAGUUAAAAUAACACUGGAAUGCUGAGCGCACCGUGCACGGCUUCCCGGCAGCUCUGAGUGACAGGGAGUGGCUCCCCUGCUAGCCCAGCUGUGAAGGGAGGGGUGGCUGAGUUGUGCACACAGGCUUGUCGCCAACCAGCGGCUUAGUUUUGCAGGAGGGUGAGGACUGGGGAGGUGAGAGGGAUGGCCGCUGUUUGUCGGGCUGAGUUUGCGACUCGCACCAGCCACAGCCCCUGGCCUCGAACUCCAGCUUGAGGAUGGGUACCUCUACUGCUGUAACCCAGUGGUGCACUCGAUGCCUUCAGAGGGGCCUGGAUUGAUUAGGGUGAGGCAUUAAAGUGAAGGGUUUGCAGGUCCCCAUUACCGGACCUGUUGGAGUGGACUGAUGCCAGGGUGCAGGUCUCCGGCUGAUCUUUAUUUUGGUUUUAAAGUAAUUUAUUUUAGCUUUUCAAACUACUUACGUACUGCCCCAACUGCACUGUGAACUGGACAAAGUUCUCUCUUCUGAAGUGGUCGAUGUGGUGGCUGACCUGAACCUUUCAGUUUUUGACUUUCACUUCAAUCGGUACAAGCAGCCUCUUACUCCGUUCUCCCACUUGUGACAAAACAUUUAUUGUUGCCAAAGGUUGAAGGAUUUUGUAAGAAAUUGCACUAAUAACAUUCGGUAUUUGGUAAGGGUUUUUUGUCAAGCUCUUGACCUGACCUUGUGAAGAACACUAAGUUGCAGGAGCUGUUGACAUUUUAAGGAAACUUUAGCAUCUCCACUUUGGUAACGGCCACCUCGUGACUCAGCAGCUGCCCUGAGCGUGCUGGGCUGGGCUGGGUUGGGCUGGUCAUCAGGCCUGCUGCUGCCAGAUUACAAUGACUGUGGCUGGAAUGUGCCUUCAGGUGGCUGUGUCGGUAAACAGGGUGGACUCCAAUGCCUCUCGUCAGCCAGCAGUGGAGCUGCAUAUCAAGAGGACCUGGUAACUAUUGCUGUGCGGAGCAGUGGCGGUGUCACCAGGUGUGGGUGGAGGAGUGCAGGUCAUGUGAAGGUACCGCUGUUGGUGGAGUGUGGGGGCUAGCUGCUGCUCAAUGCCUGAUGGGCCUCGUCUGAAGGUCAAUGACUCCUGAGUUCCCGUUCUCAGUAACUCCUCCUUCUGUUCCAUGUUUGCAUGUGCCACUCACAGCUCGAGACAUCCCAAAGCCCUUUAUAACCGGUCAUGUACCUCUGUGCCACUGUAAUAUAUGAAGCUUGCACACAGCUAGAUCCCACAGGCAGCAAUGUGAAGGGAUAGAUAAUGGCCUGGAUUCUAUGAGGGAAUGUGGGGAUACUGUUUAAAGUCUUCGCCAAAAGACAGCACCUCUGACAGGGCAGCACUCCCUCCCUUGUUGGCUUGAACCAACCACAGUCACUGAGGUCACACUGGGUUACGGCUAAUGCUUUGUUGGGGAGCUAAUUUGAGUAAACUCUUUUCUGUGUAGAAUGGACCAUAUCUCAAAAAAUGAUAGGUCAGGAGUGGGAGCUGUCAGAGGGAUAAAGGUAAGACCGGGCAGUGGAAGGUGGUGUCAGUUGUGCUUCAGUAACUCAAGGAUCCAGAGCAGAGCUAUCCAGGCUGGUGCUGUGGUACUGAAGGGGUGCCCAACUGUGGGAAACAUUAAACAGGUAUGGCUGCUCUCUGAGGGGAAGAGGUUGUGUGCUGCAUGUUGUGGUCAAUGUCCAUCAUCCAGCCCCUCACACUGUGACCAAACCCGCCCUUGAUCUCGUGGCUCUUUGUGGGAGCUGGCUGUGUGGAGCGGUGCUGCUGUUCCACGAUAUAAUGGUGGUUACCGCCCAUCAGCUGGUUUUGAGUGCAAUGUCUUCCGGGAGGUUUGCAGGCUGUGAGAAGUCGGGGAUUUGCCUUCCCAGAAGUGGCUUCAAUUCAAAGUGUUAAACUGUAGGCAACUGUUUGAGUGAUUUUUGUUAAUGCAAAAUAAAAUUAUUUAAAUAAAAGAAA